UUGGUUGUGUUGACACAAGUAUUGAAUUCGUGAUGGUGACCAAACCGAUUCUUUCCCUCAACCCAAAGGGAUUUGUUUCUUUGCUUCGCUCUCACGGAAUUAACGCGUUUCAUGCCAUAUUCAAUCCUAAAACUGGAAAAGUAGUGACAUCACAUCCUAUCCUGCAACCUAUCGGAGAAUUUUUUGUUGACGAGAAGAAAGAUUUUGACAAACACGAAGCAAUUUUUGGCCAAAUUGGUCCAGUAUCUGGAGUCUUACAAGUAAUGAGAUCAUUAAAACUCCGGCUUCGAUAUUGUAUUCGGUCCUCUUCUGGAAUUUCGACCUGUCGGGGAGCUGCGGCAGGAGGGGUAAGGAAUUGGAAUUAUGAGACUGUCGAAGAUUUUUUUCGCGACGGAAUCAGAUUAUCAAGAGGAAUGACGCACAAGAAUGCAUUGGCCAAUAUAUGGUGGGGUGGCGGGAAAGGUAUUAUUGUUCGGAAUACCGGAGUUGGUUUAAAUCAGGAAUCAACACCUCAACAACGUAAAAUCGUGUUUGAAGAAUAUGGAUCUUUUUUGAGUUCCCUGAAAGGCGUUUACGUAACGGCCGAAGAUGUAGGCGUUAAAGAGGAAGACGUAGCAGCAAUUUUUUCGAAAACACGAUUUACAACGUGUAUUCCGCCAGAAUUUGGUGGUAGUGGUAAUCCAAGUUACUCAACGGCCCGAGGUGUAGUGCGUGCUCUUGAAGCUGUCUUCUCGUAUAUUGGCAAGGAUUCUCUGCAAGGAAGUACUUUCGCUGUUCAGGGCGCAGGACACGUGGCUACUGGGAUUAUACAUUUAUUAUUGCAAGAAAAAGUAAAACAUAUUUUUGUAAGUGAUGUGGAUUUGCAGAAGAUUAGCGCUGCAGAAGUCAGAUUUGCCAAGGAAUUUAAAGAAGGAAGACUUACAUUCCGAUUCACCGAACAUUAUGAUCAUUCCAUUUUGUUCGAAGACGUGGACGCAGUGGUCCCAAGUGCGGUUGGUGGAAUUCUUAAUCCUGAAACAAUUCCCAAUAUCAAAGCGAAGAUUGUUUGUGGCGCAGCGAAUAAUCAGUUGGGUGAUUUAUACAAAGAUGAUAAGCUUCUUGCUGAAAGGGGAAUUAUCUAUGUUCCUGAUUUUUUAGUUAAUCGAAUGGGCAUUGUAAAUUGUGCCGAUGAGGCAGCUGGAUAUGUAGAGAACGAUCCAUUAUUUGAAAAACAUCUUGGAGACACUUGGGAGUAUUCAAUAUAUAAUCUAACAAAAUUUAUACUUGAGAAAACCGUGACAAGUGGUAGUACCCCACAGGAAGUUGCCAUAGAAUUGGCCGAACAAAAAUCAUUCGAAACGAAUCCAAUAUUCGAUCAUCGGGGUAUACAGAUCAUAAAUAGUUUAAUAGAUAGCGAAGAGUGGAAAUUGAAAAUCAAGUCAUCUAACUAA